AUGGACUACAUGAAUGGACCAGGGAGACACCAUCUGUUUGUUCCAGGACCAGUGAACAUACCGGAACAGGUAAUCCGGGCGAUGAACCGGAACAACGAGGAUUACCGGUCACCGGCCAUCCCAGCACUUACAAAAACGCUGUUGGAAGACGUGAAGAAGAUAUUCAAGACGACAUCCGGGACGCCUUUCUUGUUUCCCACGACAGGGACUGGUGCUUGGGAGAGUGCCUUGACCAACACUCUAUCUCCUGGAGACAGGAUCGUCUCGUUUCUGAUCGGACAAUUUAGCUUGCUCUGGAUUGACCAGCAGAAGAGGCUCAAUUUCAAAGUUGAUGUGGUUGAGAGUGAAUGGGGACAAGGUGCUAAUCUCCAAGUCUUGGCCUCAAAGCUCUCAGAAGACCAAAACCAUUCCAUCAAAGCCAUUUGCAUUGUCCACAACGAGACCGCGACUGGAGUCACCAAUGACAUCUCUGCUGUCCGAACCCUCCUCGAUCACUACAAGCACCCGGCUUUGCUGCUUGUGGACGGUGUCUCGUCCAUAUGUGCGCUUGAUUUCCGAAUGGAUGAGUGGGGAGUAGACGUGGCCUUGACCGGUUCUCAGAAAGCCUUAUCUCUUCCAACAGGACUUGGCAUUGUGUGCGCAAGUCCAAAAGCAUUGGAAGCUACAAAAACUUCAAAAUCCCUCAAAGUCUUCUUUGACUGGAAUGACUACCUCAAGUUUUACAAGCUCGGAACUUAUUGGCCAUACACACCUUCCAUUCAACUCCUAUACGGUCUUAAAGCUGCUCUUGAACUUAUCUUUGAGGAAGGACUUGAUAAUGUCAUUGCCCGUCAUGCUCGUUUGGGAAAGGCCACCAGGCUGGCGGUGGAAGCAUGGGGGCUGAAAAACUGUACACAGAAGGAGGAGUGGAUAAGCAACACAGUCACAGCGGUCGUUGUGCCUCCGAAUAUAGACAGUACAGAGAUUGUGAAAAGGGCCUGGAAGAGGUACAACCUAAGUCUUGGUCUUGGUCUCAACAAAGUUGCUGGAAAGGUUUUCAGAAUUGGACACCUUGGACACGUGAAUGAGUUGCAACUAUUGGGGUGUUUGGCUGGAGUGGAGAUGGUACUUAAGGAUGUUGGGUACCCAGUUGUAUUGGGAAGUGGAGUUGCAGCUGCCACUACUUAUCUUCAGCAUCACAUCCCUCUCAUUCCUUCUCGGAUCUAA